UUCGCCCACAUUUUCGCACCAACACGCACAAUCUCUCCCUCUUUGCCCCUCAGAUGCCUCUCUCAGCAGCUUCCAUCCUCCAUGCCUUCCUCCUCACCAUUCUCCUCGGCGGCGGCGCCACGGCCUCCUUCCCGCCUGGCGACGGCGACGGCGACGUGAACCCGUCGACGAUGUUUACCAACGACACGGGGACGUCCCGCAUCGCCGACGACACGGAGAGAUACAUCUGCUACCUCUGCACGGGCCGCAACCCGUUGCUGAUCAGGUAUUGCCCCAUCUACUGGGACGAGUGCCACCUCGUCUGCUACGCCGACGAUGCGCCCGCCGCCACUGCCGCCGCCAUUCCCGCCGCGCCCUUGCCGGCGGCGUCGGCCAAUCCCAGCGGGGUGCACGACGACGACGAGUGCUACGUCAUGAAGCUGUACCGGAACGGCAGCUACACCAUCGUCACCCGCCUCGGCUGCGCCCGGAUCGCCACGUGCCUCCUCUCCUGCGGCGGCGGCGACAUGGCCGACAGCGACAGGAAAGCCCUGCAGGGCACCGCGACGAAGACUGCAGCGCCGACGGCGACGACGGCUGCGGUCCAGGGGAGUUUAACGCCCCUGCUCGCGGAUUUCCAGCGGUGCGGCACGCAGGUCACUGCGACGCCGUCUCUGCGUGGCAGCGGCGGCGUCCGGGCUGGUGGUGCGCGGCGACGGCGCUAGCUCUGUUGGGACGGUCCGAUCUCCGAUGGAUGGACGCGUACCGCGCGUGUGCGAUGGCUGCAUCUGCAUGCGGCAAUGCGCGAGUGCGUGUCAGCUGGUCGCGUGCGUAGUUUGUGCCGGUAGCGCAUUUGCGUCCAAAACCAAAUGACUUUGGACGCUUCUUUAGCAGACGUGAUAAAAGCUGAGAGAUUACCUGCUGUAUCGAGCAUUUGAUUUGAUUCGAUCCCGAUAAGAAAAUUUCGUCCAAA